AUGCCACGGCAGCUGCUGCUUCUCACACUUUAUUAUCUUUUCCAUCAGAUUCAUCAUCAACAGCAUGGAAGCUAGAAACCAAACAUCUGUUUCAGAAUUCCUUCUCCUGGGACUAAUAGAGGAUCUAGAACUGCAGCCCGUCCUCUUCAGCCUGUUCCUGUCCAUGUACCUGGUCACCAUCGUGGGGAACCUGCUCAUCCUCCUGGCUGUCACCUCUGACUCCCACCUCCACACCCCCAUGUACUUCUUCCUUUCCAGUCUCUCCUUUUCUGACAUUUGUUUAAGCACAACCACCAUCCCAAAGACGCUGGUGAACAUCCAAGCUCAGAAUCAGAGCAUCACUUACACAGGCUGCCUCACCCAGAUCUGCUUUGUCCUGCUUUUUGCUGGCUUGGAAAACUGUCUUCUUGCAGCAAUGGCCUACGACCGCUAUGUGGCCAUUUGUCACCCCCUUAGAUACACGGUCAUCAUGAACCCCUGCCUCUGCAGCCUGCUGAUUCUUCUCUCUCUGUUGACUAGCGUUGUGAACGCCCUUCUUCUCAGCCUGAUGGUGUUGAGGCUGUCCUUCUGCACAGACCUGGAAAUCCCGCUCUUCUUCUGUGAACUGGCUCAGGUCAUCCAACUUGCCUGUUCUGACACCCUCAUCAAUAACAUCCUGAUAUAUUUUGCAGCUUGCAUAUUUGGUGGUGUUCCUCUGUCUGGAAUCAUUUUCUCUUACACUCAAAUCGCCUCCUCUGUUUUGAGAAUGCCAUCAGCACACAGAAAGUAUAAAGCCUUUUCCACCUGUGGGUCUCACCUCUCCAUGGUGCUCUUGUUCUAUGGGACAGGUUUGGGGGUGUACUUUAGUUCUGGUACUGACUCACCUAGGAAGACUGCGGUGGCUUCAGUGAUGUAUUCUGUGGUUCCUCAAAUGGUGAACCCCUUUAUCUAUAGUCUGAGGAAUAAGGACAUGAAGGGAACCUUGAGGAAGUUCAUGGGGAGGAUGACUUCUCUUCUGUGGUGUGCCAUUUGCUUUGGAUUCGGGUUUUUAGAGUAA